UCCAAAUCAAGCCACACGAUGCAGAGGUUACAGAUUAGUUCUCGGCCAUCCGAAGAGUUUCUGAUUAAUCUCUCGCUUGAUUCUUCAAGCACCGACGGUCUCGUGGUCUAUGACAUCGCGAAGAAAGAGAUGAUGCUUCACAACAACAGUUACAACUCUGGUAAUGGAGAGAGAGCUAUUCACAUAAUCCCUCUUGUUCUCUUUCUAUGUGCGUUUGUUCUCUGGGCUUUUUCAAGUGCUCCUACUAUUACUACUAGCACUAAUAACAUGCAAACGUAA